UGCAAUGCUGCAUUCUUAGAUUAAAACUGUCAAUCGUUGUCUCCUUACUCUCGUAGACAAAUGUUUGUUAUUUUACCGGAAAAUCGAAAAUGAAUGCACCACCGUCAUUCGAAUCCUUUCUUUUGUUUGAAGGAGAAAAAAAAAUCGUCGUCGAACAGGACACGAAAGUUCCGAAUGCAGCUAUCUUCACAGUAAAUAAGGAGGACCACACUCUUGGAAACAUGAUUCGUUGCCAGCUUUUGAAAGAUCCUAAUGUGCUAUUCGCUGGAUACAAGCAACCUCACCCUUUGGAGCAUAAAUUCAUUUUACGAAUCCAGAGCACACCUGCCUAUUCUCCUCAAGAUGCUUUAAUGAAUGCCAUCACAGAUCUUAUAUCAGAAUUAUCCCUUCUGGAAGAGCGGUUUCGUGACGCCGUACGAGAAAAGCGAGAAGGCUUAGAAUAGAAACUAAUAAUUCACAAAUAAACACAUGGAAGCAUCGUUUAAAUACACGGUUUUGCAUAUA